AUGCUCAUAGAUGAUAAAAUUAAGGGCUUGGAGCUAGAGAGGAAAAGAAAAGCAAUGGAAGAACUUACAGAAGGAAAUAAAAGAAGAUGGACAGUUGAUAGUGCCAUUCCAAAUUCAGAGUGUAAUAAUGUAUACUUUGUUGAUCCAAUGAAGGAUAGUGUUCCAUUUCUUGAUAUGAUUCGGAGAGGUGAAUUUGUUGCUUUAUAUGGUGCAUGUGCUUCAGGAAAAUCCACACGUGUGAUUCAAGUUAAGGAACAGUUGAUAGAUGAAGGCUUUAUCUGUAUUUAUGUAACUCUCGAGCUGGUUAACAUAGAAUCUGUAGAUAAAUUCUGGAUAUCACUUGGCCAUUCUUUUGAAAUUGAUGGCACUUCUGAUAUCAAAUUUGCUGGUAUCAAAUCUGCUAGUGAAUUUGCUAGAUUUUUUAGUAAAGACAAGUGUAAAAAAAGGGUGGUUCUCUUUAUUGAUGAAUAUGAUGCAUUGUAUGAGGCAGGUGAUGAUAUUAAAGCCUCAUUCCUUGGGGCCAUCCAUGGCAUUAAAAAUGCAAAAGAUAAAUAUUCUCUCUGGUCUUCUGUGGCUGUCAGUCCCUUCAGUAUCUUACAUUUGAGUUCAAACAGGAGUAUGUCACCAUUCAAUGUAAAAGAUCCAUUCCAAAAUCCAAAUUUCACAAAGGAGCAAGUACAGUUAUUAUAUAGAAACUUUGCACAUGACUAUGAUUUCAUUAUUGAUCCAGCAAUAAUUGAAGACAUUUACACAUGGACAAAUGGACAUGCUGGCCUUGUAUGCCUUUGCAGAAAAGCUAUUUAUGUAGAUUUAAUAAGGAAGCUUGAUGAAAGAAGAAGGCUUGACUUUUUAACCUGGUUAAACUUCACCAUUAGUUCAUUGCAAAAAUCAGUACUAGAUUAUGCCACCUUUAGAAAGAUGGUCCAUAUACUUACCAAGGAUAAAGCCAGGAAAGCCAUGCAACUUAUUCGAUCUACAUUCAUAGGAUUCUUUGAUUUAGUACAGAUUGUUGACAAUGAAGAAAGAAAUUUAGCAGAAUUCCUAACAGCUGAGGGUGUGCUAAUUAGGGAUGAAGAGACCAAAGAUAGAUUUAAAAUGUCAUCUGUUUUUGUAGAUGAGCUGUCCUCCCCAACAGUUGCAGUUCCUGAAAAACAUGAUGGAUUCCUUGAUACUGUCAAUGUUUUGAAGACAGUUGUCCAAUUCUUUGACCAAGACAUCAUUUCUAGAGCAUACUAUCGUUUUGAGGUUUCUUCUCAGUGGCAUUUGGUAGAAUAUCAUGCCAACAAAAAAGAUAAACACAUAUAUAGUGAUCUUGUAAUUAAAACUCCACAUCAGACGAUUGUUUUGGAACUUCUAGCUACUGCGACUAAAACACAACUCAAUGAACACUUUGUACAAGCACUUGAAUAUGGGAAUAAGCUAUCUGCGGAAGAUGUUUGGAUAGUACAUUUUACGUGUGAGGAUAACUCAACCCAAAAUCCCUAUUAUCCAUCUAAUGAAGAAUUGAGCAAGCUUAAUAUUGUACACUUCUUGCAUGAUGAAAAGUUUAAAAAUGUGCGAAUGAGUACUCGAUUCAUAGAUAGCUCUGGUAUUUUUAAUUAUGUUAAUGAUAAACUGAUUGUACAUAAUAAUAAUCUUAGUUAA